CUAUUCGAUCCUCUCCUCUCAUCAUCACCCGUACCCGCUCGCUUACUGAAUCACAUAGCUAAGCAAGCUAGCUAAUGGGUUCAGAAACCGCCGCUGCCGCUGCCGCCACCGUCAAGAUUCCGCUCAUAGAUUUCUCCAAAACUGCGCCGCUGAAACAAGACAGCCUUGAAUGGGACUCCCUGAGAUCCCAAGUUGGCGAAGCAGUCGAAGAAUAUGGAUGCUUCGAGGCAUCGUUCGACGAGAUUCCAGCUGACAGCCUGAGCGCGGUGUUUAAGUCGGUGAAAGAGCUGUUCGACCUGCCUCUGGAGACCAAACUAAAGAACACCUCCAAGAAACCGUUGCACGGUUAUGUCGGGCAGUACCCUAUCCUUCCGCUCUACGAAAGCAUGGGGAUCGAAGAUGCCGAUGUUCUUGAAAAGGUUGAAGGCUCUACCAAGUCACUUUGGUCCCAUGGAAACCCAGCUUUCAGCGAGAGCAUCGUGUUCUACACAAAACAGCUUUCGGUACUUGAUCAAAUGGUAAGGAGAAUGAUCGUGGAGAGCUUUGGGCUUGAAGAAUACGUGGAUGAACACCUCAACUCCACAAUUUACCUGCUGAGGAUGAUGAAAUACAAAGCGGCUCAGACAUGUGACGAAGAACAAGGAAUGCAUCCCCACACUGACAAGGACAUGAUCACCAUAUUGUGCCAAAAUGGGGUCGACGGACUGGAAGUGAAAAACAAAACUGACGGGCAGUGGAUUAAGUGCCAAUUCUCUCGCCCCACCUCCUUCAUCGUUCUAGUUGGUGAUUCUCUCUAUGCGUGGCUGAAUGGACGAGUUCAUUCUCCGGUUCAUCGAGUCACGAUGUCGAGGAGUGAGACGAGAUACUCCCUGGGUUUAUUCGUGGUCCCAAAAGCUGGCUACGUAGUCAAAGCUCCCGAUGAAAUGGUUGACGAACAGCAUCCACUGCUGUUCAGGCCUUAUGAUUUUGUGGAGUUUUUUAAGUUCUACGACACUGAGGCUGGCCAGAAAUCAGCAAAUGCCUUGCGUGAAUACUGUGGGGCUUGAAAUGUUGUUCACGAUCGAUGAAUGAAAUGUGGGCAUCAUAUAUAUCAUAGUGUGUGUUUCAUAUGCAAAAGUGCUGUAAUAAGUUAUGUACUAAAUGUCAGCUAUGUACUGCAUUAGGUUGUUGAGAUUUGGGUCAAUCUUUUGAUCACUUGCCAGUUUGUAUUGUCGCUCUUUCAAGAAGACCAAAAUGUUCAAUAAAGGAGGCAAGGAAUAAUUCGCUCCAUUUGGCUGCCUUUUGAAGCCAAGUCAAGCUUCUUCUUGAUCUCUGUGUCAAUUUUCUCUUUCUCGCAAUGUACAUUCAUGUAAGCCAUCAGUCAAACCUUUUAGGUACUUGCUUGAAAUUAAGUUAAGGACUUGGCUCUUGUCGAAUAGGUAUUAAAAGAGCUGUCCAUACAGUGGUAAGAAAGCUCUCUUAACGUUGGUCGACUAGCAUCUCUUUCUUUUUCGUUUCCGCCUGAAAAGACUAUAUUUUUUACUCUAUAUCUGUUGUUUUCCUUUUUAAGAAAUAUUUAUGACAAAAAAAAAAAAAUCGUUACAGUAUUUGCUCAAAAAAUAUAUGAAAACGAUGCAUGUCAUCUUGUACAUCUAAAUUAUUAUAAGCUUUUUUGGGUAAAAAAAAUUAUGAUAAAACUUCAUAUUCUCUCAUUAUUGUCAUUCAUACCCACGCCAUUUUAUUAUGCUAGACCCAAUAAUAACAUCUCACUAUCAGCAUAUAUCAUAAUCUUAGUUACCACUAUGGUUAUGGUAAGACUAUACAUUACCAUCAAAUUAAUGUCAUAUCAUGAUAUGACAGUGGUAAAAUGACGUAAGAAAAAUUUUAAUACAAAAAUAUCAAAGUUGAUAUUAUAGUGUAGAGCACAAAACUACACACAAAUUUGUAAUCUAAUAUAAUACGAAUGAAGAUGUGAUAUGUUAAGAAUCUUAGGAUAUUCAACAAGUGCAUUAAUUGUAGUCUAGAAAUCCGCACCAACCAUAAAAAAGCAGGUAUGUGGUACCCAUAAAAAUCCUGAUUUUCAUUGUUACCUCUCCUUUUCAAAAUUAAUGGUUAGAGAUUGGAUUAUGAAGUACUAAAAACUUUGGAUCUUGCAUUAGAAAUAUCCUAUGUUAAGUAAUCUUAGGCUAGGCAUAACUUGGACGCUAAAAUUUAGGGGUUUUAAGGAUAAAAUUAGACGUUGGAUCCUAGCAAUAAUGUGGUUGCAAGACGUCGUCAUGGAAACUUUGUUGGUCCGUGGUGCGGAGUUGUGAUCAACGUCUCGGGUUUAUGAGAACAACGAAGGUAGUUUUAUCGCACGUGAGACUCACCCGAAGAAGAGUGGAAAUGAGAACAUAACGGUUGAAGCAUUACGACUACCAUGAGCGUGGUGGAGAACAUGGGAGAGAGUAACGAGCGGUUUCACGUGAAAAAUGCAAUUGAGUUUCUAAUAACUAUAUGUGAUCUUGUAUACGGGGGACCAAACAAAUCAAAUAGAGAGAUUUCUCAAUUACUUUUUUCUCUAUAACUUCUAGUUACGAAGCUCUCCUUCCUAGAAGAAUUUCUCAUAAUUCGUAGUCUUGGUUAUAGUCACGGAGCUCUCUAGAGAAAUCUGUAUAGGAGUAGGCCUAAUUUAUAGUGGAUUCUCAAAAACUCAAACACCCUCAUUCAAACAAUGUUUGAAAUGUGAACAAAGAAACAGUCGUCUUAAAGACUAAAGAGGGGACAACCAAAAAAAUCAAACAGAUGCAUCUUUCUCAAUUACAUUUUUCUCUAUAACUUCUAGUUACGAAACUCUCCUUCCCAGAAGAAUUUAUCAUAGUUUAUAGUCGUAGUUGUAGUCACAGAGCUCUCUAGAGGAAUCUCUAUAGGAGUAAGCGUAAUUUACAGUGGAUUCUUAAAAACUCAAACACUCUCGUUCAAACAAUGUUUGAAGUAUAAACAGAGAAACAAUCGUCUUGAUUCCAAAUGUAAAAAGUGCAUCGAUCCAAUCAACAUAGCAAAAUUUCCAUCGGGAAACAAUCUGCUCUUGUUGCCUAGAGCAACACUGCAACGAACUCAGGAGACAGGGUAAAGUGUUUUUCCAGAAAAGUUGCGGACCCCUUUGCGUGCAGUAUGGCUUACUAAGUUUUGUACUAACAGUUUCACUGUGGCGGAAGGGGAUUUAGACUGAGUUAUGGUUUUUUCUUUCUUUUAUUUCCUAUGUAAACUUCUUUAUCCUUAUUAAUAAAUUAUUUCACACUUAUAAAAAAAUUCAUUGGGAAACAAUAAAAUAUAUUAACCACAAAAAGUUUGUGAAAGAUAACAAACAGUAUAUUUUUUGAGGAAAUUAGAGUUAAAAGUGGCAUAUAUGUAUAGAUGGAAUAAGAAAAAUAAAAUGAAGGUGUUUAGAGUUUUAUUAAUUUUAAGGGUAUGACUAUGGUGACAUGUAUGUCAUCGUAACUUGCACUUUUAGGUCGACUUUAUAUAGGAUUAGGUCGACCUAAUAUGUCGUUCAGUUUUGUGAGGUUCCCGAAUACACUAAUGUGGGCACCCUGAUGACUUAUCAUCGUCGACCUUUAAAUGUAGUAGUCGACCGUUUGUAGUUUAAGUUGUCAUUGUUGGUCGACCACAAUAAAACAUCAGUCGCCCUUUUCAUUGGCGUCAGAAGCAAAAUGGUCGACUGUAAAUGUAUAUAGGUCAACCACUUGAUGGCGGUCAUUAACAAAAUGGUCGACUGUAAAUGUAUAUAGGUCAACCACUUGAUGGCGGUCAUUAACAAAAUGGUCGACCAUUUACAGAAAGAGGUAAACCAGAUAGAAGAGAAGUGUUGUAUCCAUUUAUCCAUCAUCAUUUGACGUAAAAUGAAGAUCAAGUGUUGGUUUCGUGGUCGACCUAAUCUGGUACGAGGUCAACCGAAUACAAGAAAAUCAACCUAUGCCUUGCGUCUUUUUUGCUUAUGUAUGUAGAUGUGGGUGGUUCUCUUGCUUGUACAAAUUACAAUUCAAACCAACAGAAUCAAUCAUAAAUAAUGAUAACAAGGACUCAUAACUUCCAUGUGGUCGACCUCUUGAAUCACGUACAGCAGCGACCGCAAAUGAUCUUCUUCACAAAAGCUCUAACCGUAAAAAAACCUAAUUCAGAGUUUCGGUGGCGGUGAAGGUGACAUAUAUUCGUAUUUAUAGAUAUUUAGGACGAGAAUGGGUCAAUUAAGUGGUAGAUAAGUUAGGAUUACCUUACUGGUGUUGGAAUCAUUAUCCAAUAUGGAUACGGUGUGCACGCAGUCGACUUCGUACUUAUGCGGUCAACCUCAGUAAAUUAAAAUGGUUGGCCUAUGAGGUAUUUGGGUCGACCCGUCAUUCUGUUCGCUUCCCAAAGAGGUCAACCAUUUGCUAUAAAAGGUCAACCGCAUCGUUGAACCUCACAAAACUGAAACGACAUAUUAGGUCGACCUAAAACUGCAGAUUAGAUCGACCUAAAACUGCAUAUUAGGUCGACCUAAUCCUAUAUAAGGUCAACCUAAAAGUGCAAGUUACGGUGACAUGCAUGUCACCGUAGCAAAAUCCUAAUUUUAAAUUUUAGUGCAUCAUGAAAUUGGGAAUGUUCGGAUUACGUAUAAUUAUAUAGAGGUGGUGUAAGAAUUACAAACAUAGUUUUUGCCUAGUUAUUAUGGGUAUUUCUGGAAAAAAAAAAUCCCUAAGCUCAUCCCCGAUCCAUCCCACCAUUUUCUUUGUGGUGUUGCCCACAUAUGUCCAUAGAAGAGGGUCGGAGACCUACGUACAAAUCAACCUACUUGGAACAAAUAUAACACUCAAAUAGUAUAAAUAAAAAAUUGAUAGUCAAACAAAAUAGAAGUCAUAAUCAAAGUUCUGAUAGUCUUUUUUUUUUUUUUAACACGUUCUGAUAGUCAAUGUCCUCCAAUUUGGUUUACCCUGACGCAGAAAGCAAAUAUUAUUAAAAUGUAGAAAAUGUGUUCGGUGAAAAAAUUGACAGUCAAACAAAAAAGAAGUCAUAAUCAAAGUUAUGAUAGUCAAUCUAAAUCUAAUCUAUCUAAACUACUUAUAAUACAUUUUAAAGAGUUUGAUUUGCUCCAUUUCAAAUUUCCUACAAUGAGAGUGAAAGUAGGAAGGGUAUUUUCGUCUACACAAUCAAUUUUUUAUUGAAUAUAAAAAUAUAUCAAUGCUAGGAUUCAAAUCAUGGUCUCUUCUAUCAAAGACAAGAAUUGUAACCAAUUAAACUACACACAUAUGAUGUACUUUAUUAAUACAAAACAUAGAGGAAGUUAAAAUUAUGAAAAACAGAGUACUAUUCUAUCACGGUUAGUUAGCCCGCUAAGUCUCCUGUAAGUAUUUUGUGGUGUUUGAUUAUUCUAUUUUCAUAUUUUAAUAAUUAAUUUAAAAAAUUUCU